AUAAUCAUUAAAUGUUACUGCCUAUAGAAAAAAUAUUGAAUUGAGUUGUUUUGAAAUUUGGGACAGAAAUAUCAGCUGUUUUCCAUUCGGUGUUUUUGCAAAAGAGUUUCUGAGCUGUUGACUUCUGGUGUUUCAUUGUCGCCUUCAGUUUUAUUGAUGUCUUUUUGUUUUUUCAAUGAAUGAAAAGGCGCUCUGGGAUUGGCUGCUGCUGCUGCUUGACGUCACCUCCGCCGUGACGCGAUGAACCCAUUCAUAAAAAAAAAAAAAAAAGAAAAACAAGAGAGAAGAGUUCUUAGGAUAGACGCACACGCAGAGGAGGAAGGAGAACGAACAAGAAGCUGAAUGGAUACCUGACUGCGCGGAUAGAAGAGAGGAGAAAGAAUCCACCACAGCAUCCGUGCGCUUUCUUCGGCCUCCGGAGGAGAAGGCAAGGAGAUAAAUACCAGUAAACCCCAUAAGCUUUAUACACAGAACCUGUAUCGAGGUGCGAUGGAAGAGCUGUGCGAGAUGGACUGCACAGUGCUAAAGCGGCUCCUGAAGGACGACGGCGGCCGGUGCCUGGUGCUGGACUGCCGCUCUUUCCUCGCCUUCAGCGCCGGGCAUAUCCGGGGCUCCGUCAACGCGCGCUGCAACACCAUCGUCCGGAGGAGGGCGAAGGGCUCCGUGCUGAGCCUGGACCAGGUCCUGGCCGGAGACGAAGAGGUGCGGGGCCGCCUGCGGUCCGGGAUGUACUCCGCCGUGGUGUUGUACGACGAAAGGACGCCGGACCUGGACUCAGUGAAGGAGGACAGCACGGUGACCCUGGUCCUAAACGCGCUGUUAAGGGACUCCCAGGGAACACUAGUAUACCUGCUCAAAGGUGGAUAUGACAAAUUUUUCUCAGAGUAUCCUGAGUUUUGCUUAAAAAAUAAAUCCUUGCCGGCCCUCACCAGCCAGUCCAGCAUCGACUCCUGCUCAUCGUGUGGAACACCACACAACGAUCAGGGCGGCCCUGUCGAGAUCCUCCCGUUCCUCUACCUUGGCAGCGCCCUUCACGCCUCCAAGAAGGAGGUCCUGGACAGUAUUGGAAUCUCUGCCUUGCUGAACGUGUCGGCCGACUGUCCCAACCAUUUUGAGGGCACUUACCAAUACAAGUGCAUCCCUGUGGAGGACAACCACAAAGAAGACAUUAGCUGCUGGUUCCUGGAGGCCAUCGAGUUCAUAGAUUCAGUACGGGACUCAAGUGGACGGGUGCUGGUCCAUUGUCAAGCAGGCAUCUCCCGCUCUGCCACCAUCUGCCUGGCAUACCUAAUGAAGAGGAAGCGGGUGCGUCUAGAUGAGGCAUUUGAGUUUGUGCGCCGCCGCCGCAGCAUCAUCUCCCCUAACUUCAGCUUCAUGGGCCAGCUGCUGCAGUUUGAGUCCCAGGUCCUCGCCACCUCCUGUGCCGCUGAAGCUGCAGCCACAGCGAGCCCGCUGCUUGGACCCAAGUCUACAGUGGCCACCGGUUCGAAUGUUGCCACACCCACAUCUCCAUUCAUCUUCAACUUCCCGGUGUCAGUGGUGAACCCGGCCUACCUGCACCACAGCCCCAUCACGACCUCCCCCGGCUGCUAAUGGACAGCCCUACUUGACUCAAGUGAGAGCAGACUUUGCUGGAAGAGCUCUCGGUCUCACUGACCUCUGCAGUAUGUUCGUACUUCCACGACAUGGAGGCAAGAAGCGUCACGGUGCCUGAAAAGGACUUUUUUAAAUUUCACAAACCAGCCAACGCUCCGUCGGUUUACAAGAGAUUUAUUCCAGUUGACCAAAAACAAAAUGUCUUUUCUAGACGUGUUUCUUGUUCACGUAGAGUGUUGGACUGACACUGACUCAAAGACACACUUUUUCUUCCAACAUUCACAGAGACACACUGACACACAGAAACCUAACACGGUGAGGCCUGUGCAGCAGCAAACCUAUCUUACCCUCUCUCCCAUGCACACGUUCAUGCCUGCCGACUGAAAAGGCUCAGUAUGAAGAUAGCUUGUUUCUAUGGAGACAAGGUCCUUAUGAGAAGAGAUGGACACAGGAAGGAAGGGGGGAAUUUUAAGCACUCCCUUUCCUCCUCGGGUGUCCCUCCUGACUCCAGACAAAGGAGAUGGAUGGAGAAGGAAAGAGGGAGGGAAAAAAGAGGUUGACAGAAAGCAGGAGCCUCUUCAGUGACAGGUGUUCUGCCGGGGAUCCGACCGGAGCUUCCUGCCCUUCGCACAUCCUCUUCCUCUCCUCUUAUCUCCCUUUUCAUCCCUUUAUGCUUCCUCCCGCCUGCUCAUCCUCUCAUCUCUGCCUCUCAUCUUAGGCCUGCCCCACUCCCUCUUUUCUUCUCUGCUUUUCGUCUUCCCACUAAGGAGGUUAAAAAUAAAUAAAACAAGAUGCCAAAUAAAAAGGCUGGGGCCCCUUAUAAAUGGACUGGGAAACCCCUGACACCAGGAAAAGCCCUUCUGCUUCAUAUAAAAAAACUUAGGCAAAAAGGGCUGAAAUUUGUGGAAAAAAGAGGUGCUUUGGUGAUCUACUGAAGUAAACUUGCUCUGUCCAAGAUUCUCCCUGGAAGACAGUACCAUUCUUUUUAAACAUAUUUUAAAAUAUAUGUUCUAAACUUAAAAAACUGAGACUUACUUCUUCUCAUCAAUGUUGUAUUUCCUAUAGCAGUCUGAAAUGAAGUAAACAGUGGCUCCUGUUUGGUGCCUUGAAAAAAUGUUUUUCAGUCAACAAGCAAAAAUAAGCAUUGGUGUCAGUAGAUGGUCCUUUUAGAUGUGCCUUGUUCAUCAAGGUAUCCCCAGCAUUUGUUUUGGCAUUUGUUUGUUUUUUUAACAUCUGCAAGGCAGCAGACUGGUUAAUGUUUGGCAAACCUCUAAAAAUUGACAAUGGGCAUGGGCCGGUAAGAGAUUCUUACAAAGUUUUACAGUAUCCAAAAAAUGCAUGCAAAAAUGUAGACCUUAGACCCAAGCAAAAAUCUAGAAUAAAUUCCUGUUAAAUUUACUAGCAGUUUGCUAGUACUUACUUUGGAAAAUAUACCUUUUUGCCCAUAUUAUUAUUAAAAUGCAAUUAAAGACGAUAAAACAAGUUGAAUCACCAAGAUCGCCAAGAACCAGUGCUAAUGCUAGCUAGCUAAAUACUGCAGAUGUGCUAAAUGUUAGAAUUUUUAAGACCAAAUUAGACUAAACUUCACGUUUAGGAUUUUAACUGUUGAUAUUUAUAAAAUGCCUAAUUUAGUUUUGAAGUCUACAACAAAAUAACAGCUAACAAGCUCACAAAGAGGCCUGACUGGCAUGUUGCCCUAAAUUGAGAUUACCGCUGCUAUAUAAAUGGUGCAAUUCAAACUCUAGUUAAAUAGCACAAAGCACCAAAAGAUAUCAAAUGACAAUUCAUGAUUUAGAUCAGUUUAUUUCAAUUAUAAAGUCUUAAGUUUUGAAGGACAAGUAUAGAAGCCUUUUUUCAGCCAGAUGACUGGCAGUGCAUAGAAACAGGUGGGGGAUGGGUGCUAUAGCCCCACACAGCCAGAGAAAACCAUGGCCAGUCUUUCACUUUUUCUUGAAACUCUUAAAAAAAGACUUUAAACGACAAGAAUUGUAUAAGGGAACAUUUUUAACAUUUUUGAAAUCGUAUCUUUUUUAUACCUUAAGAUCACUAACCAACCCAUGCCUAUUCCACCAUCGACAAAAUAAAUGCCUAAUUAUGGGUUAUGGGUUUUUAAUGGGUUUAUCAAUUGACCCAAACAAGAACGCUUUGAUAUGUAUAAAAAAACUCAAUCAGGAAUAAUUGUACUUCAGAACCAGUCGAGCACAAAAAAAAAUCAUUACAUCACAAUUCGCAAGCACUCCCACAUCACUAAAGGUUCAGGUGAAGAUGAACACUGUGUUAGACCAAUAAAGGCAAAAAAGCUCAUUUUUAUACCAGACUCGAAUCUAAGCUACACAGACACCCGUACAGACUCACAGACAUGUUUGAGGUUUCUACACUUUUUUUUUUUUAAGAUUGUCGGCACCUCUUUCUCCUGUGUAGCACUUUGAAGUGAUGCAAUACUGUAUUUGUAAUCUUAUUGGUUGAUUUGCACAUCGUUGGUGAUAAGUCGAUCUUUGUAUCGAGAGUUAGACAAAAAGAGGGCCUGUGGAUGAAAAAUGCAAUACUUUGUACAGAUGUGAGUGGUUUGUAUCUGUACGUCUUAACAUGCCUCUCUGUGUUAAGUCCCAUCUAUAUCUCUCUCCUUGUCUCUGGUCCAUCUUGGCAAUAUUGACCCUGCAAAUGGAAACAGGUUUCCCUAAGUUUCAUUGUGGAAUGAAUGACCUGUGCAUUAUUUAUUACUGAAGACCUACUGUUGAAUAAACAAUCUUCUUAAAUAA